GCAAGGACACACUCUCUCUCUCGCCCCUCUCUCUCUCAUCCCCUGUCUCUCACCCCUCUCUCUCUACUUUCUCUCUCUAGAUACAGCGCAAGCAGCAGCAGCAGCAGCAGCACAGAGGCCUCACCAGUGAAACCGAAGCGGCCCCAACCCGACACAGAGGAAGAAGAAGAGGAGCAGAUUGAGGAAGAACAAUCGAUUCUUUUUAUCUCCCCAAGUGAAGAACUGGAGAUAGAAUACCGGCCCGUCUCUGCUCCCACUGUUCAAUUGCAGAUACAUGUGAAUACCGGCUGAAGUUUCAUCAUCUCCCGAAGGUGGAAGAAUUCUUGGAUUUUCUUAGGUGCAUAUUCCUCGUUGCUUGGUUUUUUAGGAACUCAGUGCCCAGAGCUCAACCUCAAAGAUUGCUAAUCGGUGUCUUUGCUGGAGGAAUGUGAAGACUUUUACUCCCGGGGUAUAUGACAUGCUUCCCAUAUUAAGCUUGCAAUUCGGGUUAUGAGCUCUCACUAGCUCUAGUUUAAAUGCUGCUAAUUUAGUGGGUGUUUUGGUUUGGGUUUUUUCAGUUAGUUUAUAGAGAGUGAGGAUAGGAAAAUGGUACUUUCAGGGCCACCCACCCCGAUUAGUGGGUCCCAGAAUGUCUCACCAUCUCUUCUUCGGUCAAAUUCUGGGAUGUUAGAAGGCGGUCCAGUGCCUUCCCAAGCUACAUUCCCUUCUCUCGUAUCGCCUCGUCCUCAGAUGAGUAACAUGAAUAUGCUCGGAAAUAUGUCUAAUGUGUCGUCACUUCUGGGUCAAUCUUUCGGGAACAACAGCGCUAAUCCCGUCUUCUCCAGUUCAGUGAGUGGUCAAAGAGCAGCUAUAGACGUGGGUCACGGAGCUGAGUUGGACCCUCUUGCUAAUGUUGGCAAUGGAAUGAAUUAUAAUAUGCCUUCAUCAUCAUCGUUCAUACCGGGAAACCCCAGUACCUCUGGACAAAAUCAGGGGCAACAUUUCCAAAAUCCUUCUAAUCAGAUGAUCCCUGAUCAGUCCCCGUCUCGGCAACUUGAACAGCAAAAUUUCUCGAACAGUCAGCCAGUAUCCCAGCAGUUUUCUGGUCCUCCAAAAGCACAAAUGGGGGGACUAGCAGGGCUUGGGCAAGUGAAGUUGGAGCCACAAAUGAUAACCGAACAGCUCCAGUCAAUGAAGAGCAUGAAUGCUAUGAAAAUGGAGUCUCAACAGAUACCAACCCCGAACAUGAGGAACCUCCCCCCUGUGAAAAUGGAGCCUCAACAGCACUCAGAUUCACCGCUGUUUCUUCAGCAACAGCAGCAACAGCAGCAAUUAAUGCAGUUAGCGAGGCAGUCUUCCUCCUCUGCCCAACUUGCUCUCCAGCAGCAGCAAAGAUUCUUUCAGCUCCAACAGCAACAACAGCAGCAGCUAGCAAAAGGGCUUCCUCAACAGAGGGUUCAGCUACCCCAGCACUUCCAGCAGCAAAACAUGGCCCUUAGAUCAUCGCCUGUGAAAUCAGGUUAUGAACCCGGAAUGUGUGCGAAAAAAUUAACUCACUACAUGUAUCAACAGCAGCACAGGCCUGAGGACAACAAUAUUGAGUUCUGGAGAAAAUUUGUGGAUGAUUAUUUUGCUCGCAAUGCAAAGAAGAGGUGGUGCGUCUCUAUGUAUGGAAGUGGGCGGCAAACCACUGGAGUUUUCCCUCAGGAAGUAUGGCACUGUGACAUAUGCAACCGAAAGCCGGGCCGUGGUUUCGAAGCAACUUUCGAGGUCCUUCCAAGGCUUUUCAAAAUUAAAUAUGAGAGUGGUACCCUUGAAGAACUUCUUUAUGUUGAUAUGCCAAAGGAGUACCCGAAUUCUUCCGGACAAAUCGUACUGGACUAUGCAAAAGCAAUACAAGAGAGUGUCUUCGACCAACUGCGAGUUGUGCGUGAAGGUCAACUUCGGGUAGUGUUCUCUCCAGACUUGAAGAUAUGUUCCUGGGAGUUCUGUGCACGGCGCCACGAAGAGCUUAUCCCUCGAAGACUCUUAAUACCUCAGGUUAGUCAGUUGGGCGCUGCAGCGCAGAAGUACCAGGCUGCCGCUCAAAAUGCAGCACCCACAGUCCCGGAGUUGCAGAAUAAUUGUAACAUAUUUCUUUCAUCUGCUCGGCAACUGGCAAAAGCUCUUGAAGUGCCAUUGGUGAAUGAUUUGGGAUAUACAAAGAGAUAUGUGCGGUGUCUUCAGAUAUCUGAAGUUGUUAAUUCUAUGAAAGAUCUGAUUGACUACAGUAGUGAAACGAUGACGGGACCUAUGGAGAGCUUGGCAAAGUAUCCUCGAAGGGCAGGUUCCACAUCAGUAGGCCCAAGGCAGGGCCAACUUCCCGAUGAUCAAUUGCCACAGCAGAGACAGCAGCUCGCAGCAGCAUCCCCGAACAUGAAUGGCGGUCUUCAGAGCUCUUCUCCUCAAUCCGCUCUGAUGCAACUUCCGGCAACUAGCAAUGGAGUUGGGCCUGGAAAUAACCCACUCAACCCGGCCUCAACUUCGGGGUCAUCCACUAGCACCAUCGCAGGUCUUAUUCAUCACCAAAACUCCAUGAACUCGAGGCAACAGAACUCCAUGAGCAACUCAAGCAGCCCAUACAAUGGUGUGGCCCAAAAUCAAUCUUCAGGAUCCUCGGGCUCCAUUCCCCUUGCUCAGUCAGGUAGUAAUAACAAUAAUAAUCCCCUGCAAACUUCCCAAGGUGUCCUCUCUGCUCCAAGCCAUGUGGGUUCUGCAAACUCUCUACCUGAUAUCCCCAUGCAACAGGCUGAACCCGAGCUGAACACUAUGAACCAAACCUCAGUGCAGAAGCUUCUGCAGACUGUGGGUCCUGGUUCACUUCAGAGUGCAGGUUCUUUAGGGAACGAUGUGAAGAGCGGGAAUGGACCUUUGGCUGCAGGUGUGAACCCAGGCCCGGGCCUGGGCAAUGCCAAUGGCUUGAUGAGGAAUGGAGGAUAUGGACCAAUGGGGGGCGGGGGACUGGGCCAGCCCGCAAUGAUGGUCAACGGGCUCAGAGCGGCAAUGGCAAAUAGCUCCCUCAUGAACGGGCGGGUGGGGAUGAGCUCAAUGGUUAGGGAUGGAAGCUUGAAUCAUCUUCAGCAGCAAGAUCUCGGGAAUCAAAUGAUGAAUGGGCUCGGGCCCGUGGGCAGUGGUGGGUUCAGCAACAAUCUUCAGUACGAAUGGAAACCAUCACCAUGAGACGGGCCGGGAAGCUACCGUUGGGUUGCCAGAUUGUCCCUGAGAGGAUGAGAUGUUGGGGGCUGGAAGGUAAGACAGCCCUGCCCUCGGAGGCAAGUGAUUCACACAAGGAAGAUGGGAUACUUUAGGGGCUUCGAGUUUUAUCUCCCUCGUUCUAAAUUUUCUUAGGGAAAAGGAAAGGUAGAAAACAUAUAGUAGCAUAGUAUGUUCAUUACUAUUAGGUGUUUACUUAAGGUGCUUCAGUUUUCACUGCGUCUUGGUGAAGAAGCUCUUCUUGCUCUCAUUCCUUUUCCCUCUGGUUUAUUGCCUGGUUACUUCACCAGCUUUUGCAUUUAUCCAUCAAAAAUCAGGUCUGAGAA